AUGGUGCGGGCGGCGGCGUCGGGGGUGGGGGCGGCCUGACGUGGGCGCGGGGCGGCCCGUGGGCCGGCGCCGCGGUGAUUUGCUGCGCGGCGCGGCGAGCGGCGGCGGCGGCGAUGAGAGCGGGCAGUGCGAACUGCCGGAGCAGCCGCCGGCCGCCUCGGCACACAAAGCUGGUCCCAGAUUUGAGCGACGACAAGGCACCCUGAUGAGUGGACCUCGGGAUCGCUAUGGAUUUGACUAAGAUGGGCAUGAUACAGCUCCAGAACCCCUGCCACCCCACGGGGCUGCUGCACAAAGCCAACCAGAUGCGCCUGGCGGGGACGCUGUGCGACGUGGUCAUUAUGGUGGACAGCCAGGAGUUCCAUGCUCACAGGACAGUGUUGGCUUGCACUAGUAAAAUGUUUGAGAUCCUCUUCCACCGCAACAGUCAGCAUUACACCCUGGACUUCCUUUCACCAAAGACUUUCCAGCAGAUAUUGGAGUAUGCUUACACUGCUACCCUCCAGGCAAAGGUUGAAGACUUGGAUGACCUGCUCUACGCAGCUGAGAUUCUAGAAAUAGAGUAUCUAGAAGAGCAGUGCCUGAAGAUCUUGGAGACCAUCCAGGCAUCCGACGAAAACGAUGCCGAAGUCACCAUGACGGAUGGAGGUGCCGAGGAAGAGGAGGACAGGAAAUCGAGGUACAUCAAGGGUCUGUUCAUCUCCAAGCAUUCCAGCGAGGAGAGCGGCUACGCCAGCAUGGCCGGUCAGAGCGUGCCAGGAACCAUGGUGGAGCAAAGCCCAUCCGUCUCCACUUCCUUCAGCCUCUCUGCCAUGAGCCCCACCAAGGCGGCGGUGGACAGCCUGAUGACCAUCGGGCAGUCGCUGCUGCAAGGCGCCUUGCAGCAGAACGCCCCCGAGGACUCGCACGCCACCAGCGGCCGCCACCCUGGCCUUGCUGAAGUCAAAACUGAAGUGAUGCAGGUGGAAGAUGCCUCCAGCCAUGAGAGCCCCCAGACGGCAGAGUCCAGCACUUCCAGUGGGGAGAAGGCUGAUGACAAGAGCAAGGAGGGCCCUGGCACCCCGACCCGCAGCAGCGUUAUCACGAGUGCCCGUGAACUGCACUAUGUCCGCGAUGAGAGCACAGAGCAGCCUCCCGAGGCUGGCCAGGGGCUGCCACUGGGGCCGGAGCAGUCCACGGCCACGAGCGAAAAACCCCUGGGUGUCUACUCCGUGCUACCAAACCACAAAACUGACUCUAUGCUCGGCAUGCCACCCUCCAUGCCAUCCGCCCUUCACAUGCAGCCAGCCCUUGCCGUGUCCAUGGACUUCAGCGCUUACGGAGGGCUCCUGCCCCAAGGCUUUAUUCAGAGGGAGCUGUUCAGUAAGCUCGGGGAGUUGGCAGCUGGCAUGAAAACGGAGAGCAGAGCUGUGGGCGAGCAGUGCAGUGUGUGUGGGGCAGAGCUGCCGGACAACGAGACCGUCGAACAGCACAGGAAGCUGCACAGCGGUAUGAAGACGUACGGAUGCGAGUUGUGCGGGAAGCGGUUCCUGGACAGCUUGCGGCUGCGAAUGCACUUACUGGCUCACUCAGCGGGUGCCAAAGCGUUUGUCUGUGAUCAGUGCGGUGCACAGUUCUCAAAAGAAGAUGCCCUGGAGACACACAGGCAGACACAUACUGGUACGGACAUGGCUGUGUUCUGCCUGCUCUGCGGCAAGCGCUUCCAGACGCAGACGGCCCUGCAGCAGCACAUGGAGGUGCACGCAGGGGUGCGCAGCUACAUCUGCAGCGAGUGCAACCGCACCUUCCCCAGCCACACCGCCCUCAAGAGGCACCUGCGCUCCCACACAGGCGACCACCCCUACGAGUGCGAGUUCUGCGGCAGCUGCUUUCGGGACGAGAGCACCCUGAAGGGCCACAAGCGCAUCCACACCGGGGAGAAGCCCUACGAGUGCAACGGCUGCGGCAAGAAGUUCAGCCUGAAGCACCAGCUGGAGACCCACUACCGGGUGCACACAGGUGAGAAGCCCUUUGAGUGCAAGCUGUGCCACCAGCGCUCCCGGGAUUACUCAGCCAUGAUCAAACACCUUAGGACCCACAACGGCGCUUCCCCGUACCAGUGCACGAUCUGCCUGGAGUACUGCCCCAGCCUCUCCGCCAUGCAGAAGCACAUGAAAGGCCACAAGCCGGAGGAGAUCCCCACCGACUGGAGGAUAGAGAAGACCUAUCUCUACCUCUGCUACGUCUGAGGGACACGGAGGGAACGCGGGGCUGAGUUGCGGAGGACUGGGCAAAAAAAAAUGCAUCGUCCAUGGCCUUUUGUUUCCGUUUUUCGUUUGUUGCUGUUGCUAGAAGGAUCCUCUUGCUGGGUUUGCGGCCGGGAAGGCGCUGGCACGCGGCGCUCGCUGUGGGGGUGGCGGGGGGCACACGGCAGCGCUGGGACAGACAGGGACGUGCGAGCUGCCCUUCGCACCCGUGGGCUCUUCCCCUUCCCCACCCCUCCUUCCCAGGGCUCGUGGGCGCAGGGUGAGGGGCCCGUGUCCCCUUCUGCCCUGAAUCAGAUCCGCUCCUGCGAGCCAGCAGCCAGCCCUGCCCUGCUGGAGGUGGUGCCGGGACAGUUGUGAACAAAUGGUGCGCUUCGUGCCUCGCCCCCAGAUUUUGCAUAUGACCAGUGGUUUGGGAAGGCUUUAAUUUUAUUUUUUUUCCCCUCUAUCAUCACCAGUAACCCCCUUCAGAGGAGCUGCUGCAGACCCGCCUGCUCCAGCCAGUGUCUGCCCUUGGCACCCCGGGGUAGGCACAGGUGCUGCCCUCAGCUGCAGGGUGGUGACCCAUGGGCUGAGCCCCACUUUCAGCAGCUUUCCUGCCCCCCCCCAAAGCUGCUGCCUCGCAGGGAGGGCACCAGCCUCAACACACAGCCAGCGAAGCAUCCGUGCGGGCAGUGCCCUGAGUGGGUGCUGCUCUGCAGGGCACUGAGCCCGGAGGAAAGCUCUGGGGCAGUGGGGUGGGGGCCAAGCGUGGGCUGGUGCUGGUGCUUGUGUCCCCCCCCAGUAAACGCUGCUGCUGCCUUGUCCAGGGCAUAGACACCAGCUGUGGGUGCCGCAGGAGACCACGACCCUCCUCCUGACCAAAGACCUUUCUAUGCAUUUUGUUUUUCCUUUUCUUCUUUUUUUUUUUUUUUGGGGGGGGGGGGGGGGAAGACGAAGCCUUCAGCGGGAAGAUGAAGCCGGGGACUCCAGCGGCUGUGUGCUCGUCCCUGUCCCCGAGGGGAGCUGCAGCUCCUCCCUUCCCCGUGUGCCAGGAUGACCCCCGGGAUGCCGCUGGUCCCUGGGCGAGGUGACGGUGCCACCAGAGCCCCCAGGCAGCGGGCACUGCGGUGGUGCUGGGGGGGGGGGUGGCGUGGAGCUCUGCUCCCACAGGGAAACUCUUUUUCUUUGCAUUUCGGGUGUUUGGAACGUGCCAAUGCUUUUUUUGCCCAGCCCUCAACUCCUGGAGUCUGUGGAGGAGCGGACGGUAACAGAUGGCUUUGCUCUGUGUUUGUUUUUUAUUUUUUGCUUUUCGUUUGUUUUUAAAGUUUUUUGACUAUUUCUGUGUUUAGCACAUUUUACUUGAAAUUACCUCGUUUUUUUGUGACCUCAUGAGCUUUUAUUGAUUUUUUGGGGGGCGGGGGGGGGCGUUGUUUUAAAUGACGGGGCCAGGUAAAGGCCAUGUCAGGGGCUGGUGACGUGUGGUGGCAGAGCUGCCAGGGCAGCGGUGGAGGGGAUCGUGCGCUGGGUCUGUGUCAGCCACCUCGUGUGCAUUAUCGUUACCAAAACUGGUAUUUUUUUUUGAGUGGCCUGAUGGAGCCUGGCUCACCGAUUCAGAAAGCUACCUCUUGUGUUCGUUUUUGUUGUGUUCUGAUUUUGCAGUGACAGAAGCACAGUUUGCAAUAUUUGUGUUUUGCUUUGUGAUGUCAUUUCAGUUUUCAUCUCAUGCUUUACUUGCAAUUGUGUAUUUUUAUUAUUUUUUUUUAUAAUUUAGCUGCGUUUGUAUUAAACGGGGGGCGGGAGGGGGAGGGAAAGAGUUUAGGGAAAGGUUUCUUAGAUGGGAGUAAAGGGAAGAGAGCGGGGGUGUCUGUACUGCUGUACCCGGCCCACCCCUGCCCCCUCACUGUUGGGAAACAUGAAGGCCUUAAACUGGGGCGGACGCCGUCAUGCAACAGCGGAGCGGGGCAGGUCCCGGCCUAGCGCCGAGUUAGUGCUUUGGGAAGGGGAGCGUUAAACUUGAAUAUGUGACGAGAGCAGUCGAGCGUCGUUCAUAAUGUGAAAGCCGCCGGCCUGCAGGGCAUCGCCGGGGCGAGUGGGGAGCACCAGCAGCGCCGCGGGGCCUGGGGCUGAGGCCUGCAGCUCACCCCGCUUCUCCUGCGGCCCUGUCCCUCAGCAGGGGUGCAGCUGCUCCCCUCGCCCCGUGAUAGUUUUGUAAUCCUCGUUAGUCCCUGGGAUGUCCCCCUGCCUUCUGUGGCUGUGCCGUGGCGUUGUGUGGCUGCAGCCGGGCGGUGGGGGGGUGGCAGCACCCACGCUGCAGCAUCCCCGUGCUCGUGGGGGGUCGGGGGGGCUGUGUGGGAGCACCCGAGCAGCAGCGCUGCCUCCAGCCCCUGCCAGGGGUGUCACUGAUCACCCCAGGAGCCUGUGGAGCCACCCCAGGAGCAUCACCUCCUGCGCCCGUGUCCGCGCGGCGGCACUUGCGACUGGUGACACCUUUUGCUGCUCCACGCUGAGGAGGAGAAGCAGGGCAGAUGCUGAUUUAGUACAAUCCAGGAUGUAAUAUUUUUUUUUGGAGAAUGGCUUGUUUAAUCUUUGUGCCUAAAAAAAAAAAAAAAAAAAAAAUUAAAAAAAAAAAUAACACAACACAGUUCUUUCACAUCAACAGUUGCUGCAAUUUCUCACAAGUACGUGGUACCUUUUUGCAGUGAAUUGGUACUGCCGGCCGUGGGUGUCAUGGUACUGCUGAGCACUCAGCUGAGCUCACGUGGCUUUUUUUGCUUUAAUGUCCCCUCCCCUCUCGUUGUCCCCCUCCCUCCCUUACCGUAGACGUUGGCAUAGCUGGCUUCAGAGCUCAGCACGGUGCGAAGCGUGAGUUUGGAGUCCUGUGAGUUCCCAAAACGAGUGCGACGAGUCACUGGAGGGCUCUGUCCGGUGACAAGUCAUCAGGCAGGGCGGUGACGAGGCGGUCCCCCCGCGCUGGAGCCGCUCUCCUCCCGGGGAGCCGGGGAGCGCAGCGCUCCCUGCCCCGCGCCCAGUGCCAGUGUUCGGGUGUGCAUCCUAGUAUUUGUUCCACAUAGUGUUACGUAUGCAUGAUCUAAGGCUACGAAGCCAUGGUAAAGCUCCAUGACACCUCUCCAUAUAUAUAUAAGUAUAUAUAUGUAUAUUAUAGCACUGAGGACCAACUGCCCUGCUGGACCAAGCAAACUAAGGCUUUCUUUCGUUGCUUGUCUUUUAUGUCGUGACAGCCCAAGUGCCAGUCUGAUUGCUCUGUAUUAAAACUAGUGUUUUGAAUUAAUUGAUGUUAUAGUUCCGUCUACCUCAGCACCUCCUGGUAGCCUCAUUUUAGAAGGUGCCCAAUUUUUUGUUUUUGUUUCUUCAGAGUAUUGGUUACUAUUUUUUGUACAACUCUGUUUCUGUUUCCUCGCUGUUUGUUUCUUUGCAGUACUGCUUGCGAGUCCUAUCUGUUCUCUAGCCACAGAUGCAGUUAGCUAAAAUUUCCUGAAAAAUGAAUUAAAAAAAGUCCCGAGUUGUGGUGUCUCCUAGUUGCAGCUCUCCGCAUCUGCCUUCAUUCUGUGUAGAUUCAGAUGCAUUUCUUUGUAAAACUUCAGUGUUUCUGACAGAGGAAAAAAAAAAAGAAAAAAAGAAAAAAAAAAA